AUGACGCAAGCUUUUGGCUGCAUAGAUGGCACCCACGUACAAAUUUUACGACCUAGUGAACAUUCACAAGAUUAUUUUUCUUACAAAAUGUAUUUUUCUCUUAACGUUCAGGCAGUAUGCGAUUUCCGUGGCUAUUUCAUGGAUGUUGAUUGUAGGUGGCCAGGCAGUGUACAUGACGCGAAGGUGUUCGCCAACUCAAAUAUUGCUGCUAAACUUAAAGAUGAGGAAAUACCCAUUACUUAUGAGGACAUCCUGCCAGGCCGAGCCAAAGUUCCAAACUAUUUGAUUGGUGACCCUGCAUGCCCCUUGACACCGUACUGUAUGAAAGAGUACCAUAGUUGUUCAACAAAUGCUCAAGUGUUGUUUAACAACAUGCUCCGGUCAGCAAGAAACCCAGUCGAGUGUGCUUUUGGACGCUUAAAAGCCAGAUGGGGUGUUAUAGCAAAGAAAGUUGAUUUAAAAAUAGAUUUUGUUCUUGUGUCAAUCUAUGCAUGUUUUGUGCUGCACAAUAUAUGUGAACUUAACAAAUGUGUUAUUGACCCUGAUUUGGUGAAAAUUGAAAUAGAAAAGCAUAAAGCAGAGACACAACAAUUAGAUUACUCUGUGUAUUUAGGAAAUCUUGCAGAGGGCAAUCAACAUAAUAUAACUUUUAGGUUUGUCUGUGAACAUAAACUUGCAUCAAUGUAA